AUGCUGGAGAGUGGGUACGCCACGUCGUCGCUGGUCGCGCUGCUGCUGGCCGUGCCGUUCUGCCUGCGGAUGUUACACGGCGAGACGCGCUCCUGGUCGCAGUACGGCGUCGCCGUCUAUUUCGCCCGACUCGAGCUCUACCUGGGAAACGGCUUCAUCGGCCUGUCCGUGCUGAUGCUGGUGGCGCUGACAACAGAGCGAUACAUCAGUGUGUGUCACCCGGUCCGCGCUCACAACCAGACCAACGAGGGCCGGCGGGCGCGGCUCACCCUGGCCCUGCUGCCCGUCUGCACCUUCAUCAUCUUCUCCCCCUACACGCUCCGUAACAGCGUCACCGCCUGCCUCGCCAGCGACAACAGCACCACCUACCGCAUCGCCGAGAAUCUGGCCUUCACCCAGUCCGUCUACUACCUCGUCUACAAGUGGACGCUCAAGAUUCUGUACAAGAUCGCACCGACAGUGGCCGUCACCUACCUGAACCUGCAGAUCUACUGGUCGUACCGGCGCGUGUGUCGGAAGCGGCGGGCGCUGGUCCAGCUGUCCCGCGAGCAGCGUGCGCAGCAGACAGACGAGCACCGGCUCAUGAUGCUGCUCGGCUCCACGGCCACGCUGUUCUUCUUCUGCAACCUGCCUAUGGUCAUCCUGAGCGUGUCCUUCACGCAAGCCAUGAUCCGGUCGUACUCGUUCCAGGUGUUCCGCGCCGUCUCCAACGUGCUCGAGAUCGUGAACUAUUCGCUUACUUUCUACAUCUACUGCCUGUUCACCAAGGAGUUCCGCGACACGUUCUUCAAGACGAUCGGGCCUGCAUACAAGUUCUCGGAGAACUCGUAG